GACCACCAGCCCCAAAUUCCUAGCCCAUGCAUAGCUUUGUUAAAUUUCUGUUUCAUAUCAUGAUAAAAUUUAUAUACCAGGAUGGCUUCAACGUUAACGAUCUGCGUCAUUGUAGGACAUGCGUGCAAAAUAUAUUUAGUUACAAGAAUGAGGAACCAGUAGUGGCUAGUAGGCGAAUUCGAAUUCGGUGGAAUUACGUCACAAGUCAACCAGACCUGAUUUGUUUCCACUCACUCGACGUUCCUUAUCAAACGGAGUUUUGCGUUGGUUGUCUUGUACAUACCAGUGGAUAUAUUUAAUAUACUACUUCUGAAUGCUGUUCAUUAGAAGUUACAGUAAACUGAGGAAUAGAUAAACAAGAUUUUCGACUUUUAGAUUGCUGGCUAGCUACUCUAGCUAGCUAGCUCCGCCAGCUGAGUCGACUACAGCCAAGAUGGACCAGGCAGCGAGCCGAUACCAAGUGCUGGAGAACGAUGAGGACGAGUCCUGUGAGCCCUCCACCAGCGCCCAGCAGCCGUGCACCUCGGCCCAGGCCGGCGCGGUCCAGGAGGGCGACGCGGAGGCCCCACCGCCCCCCUACGCCAGCGUCGCCAUGGGUGCUGCCGCCGCUGUGGAGAGCGGCUGUUACCAGGGCGAUUUCCCCGUGCCCCCGCCCUACAGCGUGGCCACGUCCCUGCCCACCUACGACGAGGCUGAGAAGGCCAAAGCGGCGGCCAUGGCGGUGUCCGCCGUGGAGGUGAUGCCACAGGAGGAUGACUUCCCCCCGAGAGACGACUUCAGCGACGCCGACCAGCUCAGGGUGGGGAAUGACGGCAUCUUCAUGCUUGCUUUUUUCAUGGCCUUCCUGUUCAAUUGGAUUGGGUUCUGCCUGUCUUUCUGCCUGACCAACACCAUUGCGGGCCGAUAUGGGGCCAUUUGUGGCUUUGGCCUCUCCCUCAUCAAGUGGAUUCUCAUUGUCAGGUUCUCUGAGUACUUUACUGGAUACUUCAAUGGGCAGUACUGGCUCUGGUGGAUUUUCCUGGUGCUAGGUCUGCUGUUGUUCUUCAGAGGAUUUGUCAACUACCUGAAAGUGCGCAACAUGUCUGAAAGCAUGGCCGCCUCACACAGAACGCGCUUUUUCUUCCUUUACUAAUAGGUUGUUGUACCAAAAGUUCCUCCUCAAUGUGAAAUUCCCUGACAAUUUGCGACCACUCUGGAAUGACCAACACAACAACCCCAUGUUGAAUGGAGGGGGGGGACAUGGAGGGGAGGAAGACAUGGAGGGGGGGGGGGGGACAUGGAGGGGAUUGCUCCAGUUGAGCAGUCUGACCUCUUUCAUUUAAAGCAAAAAAACAAAAAAAAAAACAGACUCAUCUCUCUUUCAGAAAAUCAACACAGUAAAGAUUAACCCUGCUAAAGAUAUUCUCAUUUACCCUGGCUUUGUUUGGGCGAUACCUGGUGUUGUGAUGUCAUCCUGCCUAAUAUCCCAAAUAUUGUAUAUUUUCUACACCUUAUCAGGAACUAGUGUUGUAGGUUUGUUUUCUUUCUUUCUUUUUAUUGAAUUCUACCCAAAGUAAGAAGACUGUAACACAGUCAAGAGGUCUUGUGCAGUUGCCUCCUAUCUGAAUCUGCCCAAUGUCUGGUCGACGAUGAUGAGUGGUUCAGUAUUUAGAGCUAUAUCCAGGUAGACUUCUGGUUUCCUUUGUUCUGAAUUCCCAUAUUUAAUUGUAUUUUAUAAACAUGUUCUUUGGUCAAUAAUGAUUUUGAUUUGAUAUUUGCACUUUGAAUUCAUUUCAUGAUUUGUGAAUUGCUUACUUGUUGUAGUGCUUUAACUGACCUGUCAAUUUGUUUUUAACUGGAAGAUGUUUUUAUGCCCCUGCAAAAAAGAUCUGCCUUUUGCACCUUUUCUUAAUUUUAAAGAGUCAUUUUAAUUUAGUUGAUUAUUGCAAUUAGCCUGAACUGUGACAUUUUAAAGUAUUGCUGCAUUUCGUUAAUCCUUUAAUGAUGCCUUUCUCAUUCAUCUCGUUCCACUGAAGCCUAAUCAGCAAUAUCAAAGAAUAUCUUAACUUAAAUGCAUGAUUAUUCUGACAGAGUUGGUUAAAAAUAAAUAUUCAGAUGAAGCAAGUUUGUUAAUAUUCUAAAUGUGUGUUUGUUAAAAACCAAUAUUUUUGUCAAAUUAUUCUUGAAACAUUUCUGCCGCUCGGAAAUGAUAAAUGCGUGCUUGUUAACUGGUAUCAAAUUGUCAAAGUGCAAAAUGCAAAUAAAGUAAAAAAUGCACCCAU